AUGGCACAAGGCCUGGAGGUGGCCCUCACAGACCUCCAAAGCUCCUCAAACAACGUGCAGCACCACACAGAGGAGAUCAGCUCUGAACGCCUCCUUGUCCGUCGGGGCCAGGCUUUUAACAUCACCCUGUACUUCAGAAGCCGGGGCUUCCAGCCAGGCCGGGACAAUGUCAUCUUUGUGGUUGAGACUGGCCCUCUGCCGGACCUGUCCAAGGGGACUCGUGCAGUGUUCAGCCUGGCAAGCCAUGGUGGCCCCAGCCCCUGGAUCGCCUCCCUGAACAAUAUUGGGGCCACUUUCUUGGAGGUGAGCCUCUGUGCCCCUCCCAUGGCCCCUGUCGGUCGAUACCUCCUGAAGAUUCACAUUGACUCCUUCCAGGGAUCUGUCACAGCCUACCAGAUUGGGGAGUUCAUCCUCCUCUUCAAUCCCUGGUGUCCAGGAGAUGCAGUCUAUUUGGACAGUGAGCCUCAGAGGCAGGAGUAUGUCAUGAAUGAUUAUGGAUUCAUCUACCAAGGGAACAAGAACUGGAUCCGCCCUUGUCCCUGGAACUACGGACAGUUUGAAGAGAAUAUCAUAGACAUCUGCCUGAAGCUUCUAGACAAGAGCUUGAACUUCCAGGUUGACUCAGCCAUAGACUGUGCCCUGCGAGGAAGCCCCGUCUACAUCAGCAGAGUGGUGAGCGCCAUGAUUAACAGCAACGAUGACAAUGGCGUGCUCAAUGGAAAUUGGAGUGAGAAUUACUCAGAUGGCAUGAACCCUGCAGAGUGGACUGGCAGCGUGGCCAUUCUGAAACAGUGGCACGCCUCAGGUUGCCAGCCAGUGCGCUAUGGACAGUGCUGGGUCUUUGCUGCUGUCAUGUGCACAGUGAUGAGGUGCCUGGGGAUCCCCACCCGUGUGAUCACCAACUUUGACUCUGGCCACGACACAGAUGGGAACCUGAUCAUAGACGAGUAUUACGAUAGCACAGGCAGGAUUCUGGAGAAUAAGAAGAAGGACUCUGUCUGGAAUUUCCAUGUCUGGAAUGAGUGCUGGAUGGCCCGAAAGGACCUUCCCCCUGGCUAUGGAGGCUGGCAGGUGCUGGAUGCCACACCUCAAGAGACAAGUAAUGGUCUCUAUUGCUGCGGUCCUGCCUCUGUCAGAGCCAUCAAGGAGGGGGAGAUAGAUCUGAACUAUGAUACGCCCUUUGCCUUCUCCAUGGUGAAUGCGGACUGCAUGUCCUGGCUUGUCCAAGCAGGGAAGGAGCAGAAACUCCACCAGGACACGAAGUCUAUUGGCAAUUUUAUCAGCACAAAGAGCAUCCAGAGUGAUGAGCGGGAUGAUGUCACAGAGAAUUACAAGUAUGGAGAAGGUUCCAUCCAGGAGAGGCAAGUGUUUCUGAAGGCUCUUCAAAAGCUGAAGGCUGGAAGGUCCGAAGGCUCCCACCGAGCAGUGUCUGAGCCUCCUAGGCCGGACAUACUGAGCAGUGGCAGCUCUCGAAGACUGGACACACCUUCUCUUCAGCCCGCUGACGUUGUCCAAGUCUCCCUGAAAUUCAAGCUGCUCGGCCCACCCAAUAUGGGCCAGGACAUAAACUUUGUCUUGCUGGCCCUCAACAUGUCAUCUCAGUUCAAGCAUCUUAAGCUCAAUCUGAGCGCCCAGUCCCUGCAGCAUGAUGGCAGUCCUUUGCCCCCAUUCUGGCAGGAAACAGCGUUCAUCACUCUCUGUGCUAAAGAAGCAAAAACCCAUCCCUGCAAAAUCCUCUAUUCCCAGUACAGCCAGUACCUGUCAAUGGACAAGUUGAUCCGCAUCAGUGCCCUGGGUGAAGAGAUGAGCAGUUCCGAGAAGAUCCUAGUGAACAAGAUCAUCACUUUGUCCUAUCCUGGCAUCAUGAUUAAUGUUCUAGGAGCUGCUGUUAUGAACCAACCACUCUCCAUACAAGUGAUAUUUGCAAACCCCCUCUCAGAGCAGGUUGAGGACUGUGUGCUGACUGUGGAAGGCAGUGGUCUCUUCAAAAAGCAGCAAAGAGUCAUCAUUGGAAUCCUCAAAUCUCAACAUCAGGUCAGCAUCACUCUGGAGACUGUCCCCUUCAAGAGUGGUCAAAGGCAGAUCCAAGCUAAUCUGAGAAGCAACAAAUUUAAGGACAUCAAAGGUUACAAAAACGUCUAUGUAGACUUUGGGUUGUGA